UGUUAAACGUCACAUUAAAAUUUAUAUCACUAACAGUAGAUCUUAUCAUAUCUUCAGUAUUAUUUAUAAAUUAAUUAGUUCUAAGUAACACCUGGCUGCUAACGACCUCUAUAUAAUGUAAUCGUGGAUAGCUAUAAGUGGCUUAGAUUUAUAUAAGACACUAUGUACAAUAUAUUUAGUAUAAAAGCUGUUGUUAUCCCAAAUAAAAAAAAAAAAAAAAAAAAAAAAAAAAAAAAAUUGAAACUAUUGCUUCAGUUAAGUUUUAUUGGCACUUUAUAAAAAAGGGCGCCGGUAAAUAUAUAGUUUAUUUAAAAUAAAAAUAUUUUAAAUUCUUUACGUUUUCACAGUCAAUAUAGUCGUCAUGUAUUUGUACUUAUUAUUAUUACAUACUUAACUUUUAGAAUGUUUUUAAAGGUAAAUUUUAUUAUAACUGAUGUAAUUUAUUUUUCUCAACAGUAUUCCCUAUUGCAAACGGUGGUGGAAGCGUGUCAAAAGAAACCGCACUGCGAGUUCAGUACGAAGCCGAGGCCAGGCGUCAAAGACCCCUGCCCGCGCACGAAAAACUUCGUCGACAUCAAAUUCAAAUGCAGACCUAAUGAGUUUCGUAGCCGAACUUGCUGUCAAGAUGACGUCAUCAAACUCAGGUGUACUCCACAUUUUCGGGUGGCCAUCUUGGACGCUCAAUAUGGCAGAAAUGCUCGUGAACCUGUCACUUGCCAUCAGAAUGGCAUGCCGGAAGAAUCGUGUAUGGCACCACGUUCUCUGGAUAUCGUGAUGCAGAUUUGCCACGGCAAGCGAAGAUGCCAAAUUGAAGCAAGCGAUAAGGUGUUCGGUGAAACUUGCGGUACAAAAACAAGAACUUAUCUUAAAGUAAUAUAUGCUUGUGUGCCUUUAGGCGUGAUGAUGGAGAAAUAUGAGAGCAAACUAGAAGACGACGAAAAGCCGAAUAAUGGUGAUGUACACGACAAGCACGAACAAGGUUUUUUCGAUGAAUCCGAGGGAGUUGGUGAAAAGUGGGGAGAAUCAAACGUGAAUCCAGCGUUACCACCGCCAGAAAAUGAUCCAUCUACAACCUCUUCGAAGCCAGAACCGGUAUCAACUACAGAUCAACCAGUCAUAAAACAUGUCGACGAUUCGGGUCCAUCACAAACCGAGACUAAACAAAAAAUAUUUAUUUACAUAGGUGUGGCUAUACUGCUUUUUAUAAUAUUAGUGGUAUCAUUCCUAGUUAUCCGAUACUACCGCAUAAGACGCUCCCUGAGAAACAGUAAAAAUGGUGACAUGUUCUCUACGGAACCACCAAAUGUUUUCAAUGAGGUAUCUGAUAUAGAUAAUGAUAUAGACGUCAGUCACAUAUCCGGCAGUUUCUAUGAUCCAGUGCAUCCAGAUAUGAUACUUUACAAUAAUGUACCAGGGAAUAAAGGAACAAUAAGAGCUAUGAGACCUCUUUCAACUAUAUACCCUUCUGGAGUCAGCAUGUAUGGCAAUGACUACGUCCCCCCACCACCUAGAGAAAUAAGACUCCAUAAAGAAAACGAGCCAGAAGAAACAAUGAGUCCAAAGAGUUUGGGCGCCUUUUCUGGUCCUCAAUUUUACUACGGGUGACGUCACGAAACGGAAAGCAGCAGCGAUAUCUCUAGGACAUAUUGUUUUUAAAGAAAACGUAAUAUGUAAAAAUUUUAAUAAUUUAAUACUCGGUGAUUUGAUCUCUAUAGUUUUAUGGAAUAAAACGUGAUAAGAGCGAAUGUGAAAUUGUGUGGGUAAUAUGUGUACGGAGAAUUGUUUGGAUGAAAAAUGGUCCAUAAAUGUAUUAUGUACUCUUUGAUCUUGCUAAUAUUUAAAAUGCACUUUGUAUUUUAUUGAGAAUAAAAAAUGAAUAUGCACACGUAUUUAACAAUACCAACUGUGAUUAAUUAUAAAUUAUAUGAAAUUCUAUAAAUAACAUAUAAUGUAUGUAAUCAAAUCAAACUUUUGGGUAUACAAAUACAAGUAAAUAAUGUAUAUAUAAAUGUAAAUAUUUUUAAUAUUAUAAAUGUGGCAUACUGAAAUUAAUGAAGUUAUGUAGUUUACGAUAUUCCUAAACAAUCACCUCCUAAGAUU